GACGCGGAGUUUGGAGAGAUUUUUAUGCUGAUUCGUCCGCGCGCGCCGCAGAGAGUAGAGGUCUACUGAGCCCCCCCGCGUGGAUGUGAAUGAAUGGGUUCGCCUCCGUGUUUGUAUGUGUGUGUGGUGCCGAAGUGGGUCAUGCGGACCACUGGAGGAGCGAAAGAUAAACACGCUGCACCCUCCUCCUCCUCCCGCUGCUGCUGCCGCUGCUGCCUGGCAGGUUGAGAUGGUGGGCGCUCAGAGGAGGGAUCCCAGCCUGUGUCCUCAUCUCAGUCAGCAUCAGAUGAUGCUUUGAUUUAAUCCGCCUCCCAAGAAAGUCAUAAACUGGAAAAAAAAGCAUCUUUAGGCGCAGGGCUGGAAUCAUCUUCACAAGGAGAGAGAGCACAACGCACGGACCUCAUCCAGGCUCUGUCAGCUGCUUUUCAUUUUCUUUUAAGCUGCACGGUUUUCCUCGCAUCUACUGUAACUGAUCGAUAAUUCCCUUUAAACGCGAGGAGAUCCAUCCAUCAGUUCCCUCAGCAGAGCAGAUCAGAGCCGAGCAGAGCGCAGCAGCUCUGCGCGCCGAGCGGAUGCAGGACCAUGGAGGAGAGAGACAGGUCGCCAGCAGUCUGCCGCACAGCGUAAAGGCGAGCCUGUCUCUUUCUCCAUCUGGGCCCGGACGGGUGGGCAGCGGCGGGGGCUCCCCUACGUCCAAGAUGGGCUACUGUGGAGGAGUGCCUGUGGAGGACAUGCAAGCCUUGGCCAUCACCUCUCUGUCAGCAGCAGAUGUAGCCAAACAGUAUGAGCACAUCCGAGAGCUGGGGAAGGGCACGUAUGGGAAGGUGGAUCUGGUGGCUCAUCGGACACAAGGCACCAAAAUGGCCUUGAAGUUUGUCACCAAGAACAAGACGAAGCUGAAGAGUUUCCUGCGGGAGUACAGUCUAACCGGCUCGCUCAGCUGCAGCCCGUUCAUCAUCAAAGUCUUGGACGUGCUGUUUGAGACGGAGGACAGCUACGUGUUUGGACAAGAAUACGCCCCAGCUGGGGACCUCUUUGACAUCAUUCCCCCACAGGUGGGUCUCCCAGAGGAAAUGGUCAAACGCUGCAUGCAACAACUGGGCUUGGCGCUGGACUUCAUGCACAGUAAAAGUCUGGUGCAUCGGGAUGUCAAGCCGGAGAACGUGCUCCUAUUUGACCGCGAGUGCCGCCGCAUCAAGCUAGCUGACUUUGGCAUGACACGACGAGUGGGCUGCCGUGUGAAAAGGGUGAGCGGCACCAUUCCCUACACAGCGCCUGAGGUGUGCCGGGCCAGUCGCGCUGAGGGUUUCCUUGUGACCACCAGUCUGGAUGUGUGGGCGUUUGGUGUGCUAGUCUUUUGUAUGCUGACAGGAAAUUUCCCAUGGGAGGCAGCACUGCCGGCAGAUGCCUUUUACGAGGAGUUUCGACGCUGGCAGAAAGCAGGCUGUCCGGUGGGAACGUACCCGUCUCAGUGGCGCCGCUUCACUGAUGAUGCCUUGCGCAUGUUUCAGAGGCUGCUCGCUGCUGAGCCGGAAAAACGCUGCGGGGUCAAAGAUGUCUUCUGCUUUGUCAAGUAUGAGCUGGUCAGCGAGCUCAGGCGCAGAGCGUCCUGCAGAGCAAAGAGGGGUGAGAGGUCAAGCUCUGGAGUUUGUACCGGCAGUUGCACUUCCUCUUCGACUUCCACUACAUCACGUUCCUCCCACAGACACCCCGAGCCCUCCACCCCUCCAGGAACGUCAUGCCUGCGCCCAGCACCACUCAAACGCAGCGUCCUCUCAGACCCAUUAUCUCCAAGAGAGGAAUCUGGGCCGCACCAGUCUCCAGGCCGAGACAAGAACAAAAGCCAGAUGGUGAUGGCAACGGCAAUCGAAAUCUGUGUGUGACCACGCCAAUGUCCGCAGAGGAGGCUGGAUGGCUUUUCACAGUAAUAACAAGCUUUGAAGAGGUGUUAAUGACUACCACAGACAGUGAAACAGGAGAGGUACUCGACAUGAAAUAGAAGCUCAGGAUCACAUCACCGGCUGUGGAAAUGCAAAUCAUCAAUCAGUGGUUCACGUUUGGACAGCUUAUCACUGGCACAUGCCGUUUAAGGUUUGAUUUGUGACCAAAGACUGCUUAGCUGAGAAGCUUUGCUGGCAGUGUUUAGGAGUCUGCUGAUGUCGUUCCUCUCAGCAGCUCAUUUCGCCAUCCAGACGUUUGUCUUGUUCUGCUCAUACACUGUGGUGGUGCUAAUGAUUCUAUAAUUAGAAACUCCAUAGAGACUGAUUUCUCACUUGUCACUCCAUGUUUCUUUACCUUUUAUGUCUCUAUACUAGAGUUUCUUUAUCUCAGAAUGCUACCUCUGGGGAGGCCGUGACUUUUCAGUCAGGGGGGCUGGUGAUCCAGAGGAAAUCUACGCAACUACAUUCAACUGCCAUUUCUUGGACUUCCUGCCAACUUCCAAUGCAUAAAGUUUCUCUUCAAGAAAAGGUGUUACACUGAAAAAAAAAAAAAAGAAAUCUUCCUGUAGCAGUUUGUAUGAGACGUCUUUUCAUGUAGGUGUCGAGACUUAGAGUUAGUUUCUCAGAGAUAGGCAUCACCUCAGGACACUUCAGUGAUUCACUUCCUGUUUUAUUAGUAAUGGAAACCCAUCGAGCGGCCAGUAAACACAUCUGCUGUUUCUGAACUGCUCUCAGUGAGAUUCACUUCCAGUGUAACUCGAUUGAAUGCAGGGAUUGUACAUCUUCUGACUGGAAAAAGGCGAGGAACAACGAAGAGAAGAAGAAAAACAACUUUUUAGUGUUUCUUUUCUACCUGCUGUGUGUGUUUGGGUUGUGUGUGUGUGAUUCAAAUGCUAAAGCACAAGUUUUGUAAAGGACGAGAAAUCUUAAAGUUAAAUAUGACUCUGUAUUGUAAAUAAUUUGAUAUUUCUAGGAGUGCACUGGUAAUAUCAGGUAGUUCAUUAAGUAGCCGUACUACUUUUCUACAAAAAGGGGAAGGGGUUUUAAUGUUUUAUAGUUACUGUCUGGGUAAUGCACUGUAUGUAGCAACAAAAUAUGACAAAAUGUACAGUAUAUCACAAAAAAACUCUUCAGAGAAAUAUUAUCACAACAUUUAACAUGGUAGCAGAUGCUUUUCUCUUUUUUUUGGGUUUAUUUGAACUUUAUGCUUUCUUGAGCCAGGAAGGACAGAAAUGAGUGAUUAGGCUUCAAUCAUCUCUCACUUUCUUUGAUAUUGACGGUAAAAUGAGCAACAUCCUUUUAUGUGGUGCUUCCUGGUUGCCAGUGAUUACAGCUCAUUCAGUCAGCUUGCCACCAAGCGGUCCAGUUCAGUUUUGCUCAGUUUGGCCCACAGUUGUUAGCAUUCCUAUUAAGGUUUGAAACGACAUUGAUUAAUAGUGCACAAGACUGAUUGCCAACAUUAGGACUGUAAAAAUGAACAGUGCCAGUCAUCUCAUUAAUGGUUGCAUUGUUUGGUUCAGUAUUAGAAGAUAAUGGCUCUUUAUCAGCCUUACAGUUUGGCAGUCGGAGAUGAGCCUCUUUGAAAGUCACAUACAGGAGGAAAAUGUAGAGAUCCUAAGACGUGGACUGGGAUGUACAACAGCAUUCUAUGGCUCGAUGCUAACAAAUAAGACAGUCUGACUGCAGUCUGCAGAUCUCAGACACCCCCCUUGAAGACCACCAUAGUGAGAUGCUCCCUCUGUCAGAACUAAAACACACACACUUCAACUUUCGAAAUUAAAUCAGAUUAAACUUCCAGGUAGGUGACAGGUUAAGGUAAGUGAUACCAAAAGUCAAAAGCCUGACCUUCACAACCUGGUAACAACAUGUUUAAUAAAGAAGAGUGAAAAAUCUGCUUACAGGAAAAAAGAUAGUCUUCCAUGAAAGCACUAACACAGCUAAUGAAUCUACAUUGCCUUAAUGGCUACGUAGCUAAUGCAGCUAAAUCCAAAGCUACAGAGCUAUGCUAGCUAUGUUAGGUACAUAAGCUACAUAGCUAAUGUAGCUAUGUAGCUAAAUCUAAAGCUUACGAAGAUAUGUAGCUACAUGGGCAAUGUAGCUACAUGAUGAAUGUAGCUAAAGCAGACAAAAUGUAAGUUUCUGCUAUGUUUGCUAAAGCUAGACCCAUUUUAGGAGUAGUUAUGCGAAAGGUGGCUCACUUUGGCUCUGAUAUGUUCAGCUAAAGCUAAGGCAACUAUCUAAGCUUACGUAGUAUCGCUAACAACAUAGCUAGUGAAGUUCUGGUAGCUAAAGCUAAAGAAGCUGAAGUGAGCCACCGCUUGUGUAACUACUUUUACAGGUCGAC